AUGGCGCCCGUUGCAUUGGCCGACCUUGGGCCAGAGCCCGUGCCUCCAAUCACAGAUCCCAGCGUUUUCCCUCCAGAAGAUGCCGACGAAAGACUGAAGAAAUUGUGGAACUUGCACGGCCACCCGCACAGCAAGAGGUUCGCCAAUCCGGAGCUCACGAGUUUGGCCGCACUGGUCAAACACAACGCAGCCACACAGCCUUCGCAACCAGCGUUUCUGCAUCCACAGGGGGAAUCAUUUGCCAUCAUCGAUUGGGAGACGUUCGACAGGCUGGUUACCGCCGCAGCCACACAAUAUGCAGCCACGUUCCAGACGGAUAUCAACGCGGCAAAUGAGCACUCACGGCAGCCCACUGUAGCUCUGCUGGGCACCGGCAACACCAUCGACUAUCUGGUAACGCAGAUAGCACUCGUCAAACUACACAUCCGAGUGCUGUUGCUGAGCAACAAGAACGCCCCAGCCGCGCGAGAGCACCUGCUCCAAGCAUGCGACGCCGUUGGCAUCAUCGCCGACCAAACCAACGCAGCCACCCUCUCCGCUGAGAAUUGCCCUCGCCCACGCCACCCCCUGCUCACCUUGCAAGAUCUGGAAGCCGCCCUCGAAAUCCUGGCCAGCGAACCCCCCAAAGGCUUCUCCACCGACGACGAAUGGAACCUCCAGGCCAUGAUCAUCCACUCAUCCGGCUCGACGGGGCUGCCCAAGCCCAUCAUCCACACCAACAGGAGCCUCUGCCUCAUCGCGCGCAUGUACCGUCUAUUCCCCGACUUCGUCAUCGAAAACUGGUACCUCUGCUUCCCGCUCUUCCACAUCGCCGGCGUGUCCGUCGCGCUCAGCGGCCUGCCCACGGGGCUCCCCACCACCCUCCCGCCCACCGCCUGGCCCCCUUCUCCCUCGUCCAUCCUCGCCGCCUUCGCCGCCCUCGCCGCCCUCGGCCUCCCCGCCGACUGCCUGCACUGCGCGCCCAGCGUCAUCGCCGACCUGCACGCCCGCAUCGCCGCCACCACCGCCGACUUUGCGCCCCUCACCGCCCUCAAGGUCCUGCAGCCGGGAGGCGCGCCGCUGGCGCCGUCCCUGCUCGCCGCGCUGAAUGAGUUGGGCGCCAACGUCAAGACGACGUACGGCUCGACGGAGAUCGGGCCGCCGUUCAGGACGGUGCCGCACACGCGCGACAAUCCGUGGUGUUAUCGCGUGCGGAAUCUGUAUCCGGAGUCGCCGUUUGUGAGGAUGGAGGCGGUGGGGGAGAAGGAGGAGAAGGAGAACGGUGACGGCGACGGCGACGGAGGCGCCCCCCGCCUGUUCGAGUGCGUCGUGUACAAGGGGUUCGAGCUGGCGGCCGAGCUGUGGCUGGCGCCCGACGCGCCCGACGCAUACCGCACGGGCGACUUGUUCGUCGAGGUCGGCGGCAGGGGCAGCGGCUGCUACGAGCUGCUCGGCCGCGCCGACGACGUGCUCGUGCACGACAACGGCGAGAAGACGCACGCGGCGGCGCUGCAGACGGCGCUGGAGGAGAGCGGCGGCGGCCGUGUCGUCGCCAAGGCUGCUGUUUUUGGGAGUGGCAGGCCUUGCGUUGCGGCCGUUGUGGAGGUUGCGGCUGGAGCGAGGGAGCGUGGUGGUGGUGGUGGUGAUGGUGAUGAUGAGUUGGAGAAGACGGUGUGGGACGCGGUGCGCAGGUGCAACGAGUCGGCCGCGCGCCACUCGCGCAUCGACCGCGCCUUGCUGCUGGUUCUGGGCCCGGGCGAGAGCUUGCCCGUCACGCCCAAGGGGAACGUGCGGCGGAAGGAGGCGUGGAAGCUCUUUGGCGAUCGCGUGGACGACAUGUAUGAGAGGCAUCUACAGGGGGCGAGCGUUGGCGAUGAAGAUGGCAGCGCCGACGGCGCCGCUCUGUCCGAUGUUGACUUCAUCAGAGCUUGCGUGGCGCAGGUCUGCCAGCGGAAGGUGGAGCAUGUCGAGCCAGCGACAAGCUUCUACGAUUUGGGGCUCGAUUCUCAGGGUGCCAUCAAGCUCCGGUCGAGGCUUGUGAAGCGCUUUGGCGCGUUCCCGCUCAUGUUCAUUUUCGAACAUCCGUCGUUGGAGAAGCUUCAUGGCUAUCUGACGGAGACGAGGUUGGACUCGAAGGCUGUCGAUGCGGAAAAGGAGAGGCUUUCGUGGAUCGUGAAGAAGACCGACGAGUACAAAAGCGUCAUUGACGGGUGGGCGACCACUCGAACUCGACCCCGGGACCGGGAAGGCACAGGAGGCGAGGUCAUUUACCUCACCGGAGCAAGCGGAGCUUUGGGGAAUGCUUUGCUGGAAGUGUUCGUUCAGACGCCAGCAGUCCAGAAGGUGUACUGUGCCAUUCGUGGGCAGGAUCCCCUGCUAAAACUCCAGGAAUCGCUCCGAAAAAGAGGCUACGCAAAAGAAAUAUACGCGAACAGUAAGAUUUGCGCGGUGCCUUACGACAUGAAGGAUGAGAAGCUCGGUCUGGCACCCACGGAAUACGACCAACUUCUCAAUGAGGUCACGGUUGUCAUCCAUAAUGCCUGGAAGAUGGACUUCAACCAACGCGUUGAGAUGUUCGAAGCGGAUUGCUUGAACGGGACUAUGAACCUGCUUUCGUUCUGCUACGCUGGCACUCUCAAAUUCUUCUCUUUCAUGAGCAGUGUCGCCGCCUGCAUGGGGCAAGCGGCAAACAGCCAGCUGAUACCAGAAGCCCCAGUCUCCAAUGACCCAAUGAUGGCGCUCAACACGGGCUACGCACAGAGUAAAUUCAUAGUGGAGAAGAUGACCUACCACUACGCGACCGCCCUCUGCGUGCCCGUCAAGCUCUUCCGCGUCGGCCAGCUCUGCGGCCACUCGUCGCUCGGCGUCUGGAACAGCACCGAAAUGUGGCCCAUCAUGAUCUCCACCGGACUCAAACACCUGCGCGCCCUGCCCUCGUUGCCGUCGACAACAGUAAACUGGCUCCCCGUGGACGUUUGCGCAUCCAGCAUCGCCUCCUCCCUCUUCGCCACCGCCGCCGCCACCGCCACCACCACCGAUCCUUCCACCUACACCGUCCACAACCUUGUCAACCCAUCCCCGAUCUCUUGGUCGGCUUUCCUGUCCACCCUCGCCGCUGCGACUUCCUCACCCUCUUCCUCUUCCAACCCAUCCACGCUCGCCUUCGGGACGGUCAGCAUGCGGGAGUGGGUGACGAUGCUCGAGAGAGCGGCCGAGCAGGAACGCGAUGAGGUUCCGGGUCUAAAGCUUCUCGGUUUCUUCCAAGACACGGCGGCGGGAGUGGAUUUGGCGGCGAAGAGCAGCGAGGAGAAGGGAGGCAAGAACGGCGAGGGCGUCGAGUUCGUGGCCGCGAGCGUGCGCGGCGCGAGGGCCGUGGAUGAAGAAAUGGUGAGACUGUGGUUGGACAGGUGGAGGGACGAACGGUUUGUGUAG